AUGGACAACAAUGAAGAAAUAACAUACCGUUGUGAUGGAAUCCGGCGUGGUAGACCCAGAGCAGAUACUGUCCGGGAUUUAAUAAAUGAAGGAGAGCAUUCGUCCAGCAGAAUUCGUUGUGACAUCUGUAAUAGGGUGUUUCCACGGGAGAAAUCACUCCAGGCUCACAAAAGGACUCAUACAGGUGAGAGACCCUACCAGUGUGACUAUCCAGACUGUGGAAAAGCCUUUGUUCAAAGCGGACAGCUCAAAACACACCAGCGUCUCCACACGGGAGAGAAACCUUUUGUUUGUUCAGAAAAUGGCUGCCUGAGCAGAUUCACCCACGCAAACCGCCACUGUCCGAAGCACCCUUACGCCAGGCUGAAGCGGGAGGAGCCCACCGACGCUCUCAGUAAGCACCAGGCUGUGGACAACCAGGCUGCUGCUGAGUGGUUGGCAAAGUACUGGGAAAGCCGGGAGCAGCGCGCCCCCGCCGUGAAAGGGAAGCUGGCGCAGAAGGCCGACCAGGAGCAGCAGGACCCGCUGGAGUACCUGCAGUCGGACGAGGACGACGACGAGAAGAGCGGCGCGCGGCGGCGGCUGCAGGAGCAGCGCGAGCGCCUGCACGGGGCGCUGGCGCUCAUCGAGCUCGCCAACCUGACGGGCGCGCCGCUGCGCCAGUAGCCGCGCGGCGCUGCGCCCGGGACGCCGGCGCUUCUAAAGUAGAUCCUCGGGCAUAAGCUAAGCACCUUAUUCGCUACCAUAGGCUGCUAUUCUGUAGUAAUGGAUGAAGAAUGUCAUUGCCCCAGACUGCGGGGCAGAGAGAAUUGCACUUUUUUAUAUGGUAAUGGAUUGUUGUAAAGUUUAAAAUAUUUUGUAAAUAUGGGACUUCUAGUACAGGGUAGGAAACUACGUAUUGUGGGAAGCUAGAUUUUUGCAAGUUUAAUGUAUUCAUUGGAAGCAGUUCUCACAGGAAGCACUUUCUGAAUAAGACACUUUUAUGAAAAAAAAACAAACAAAAAACAAAGCAGAAUGGGACAUGUAGCCAAAGAAGGUUAGGACAGAUUGUUGGUGUACUAGUGUGUUUAACAGUACUGUCAGCACGGAAGUAAGCGAGACAGCGUAAGAGGUAUGUAAGAUAAAUGUUUUUAAAUUGCAAAAUAGUGUGACUAAGACGAUCAGAGAAAUGGAAAAUGGAAAACUGACUAUUUUGGAAGAUGUCCUAAGUUACAGACUUCGGAAGAAAAAAGAUAUUUGAGGAUCUUGGCAAGAUGCAUAUUAGUUCAGAAUUUUAAAAAUUGGAGUAAAAUCGGUCUUAUUCUCUCUUUCUGAGGCUUUACAACUUCCUAUGAUGUUUAGGUUCGAAAAGCACUUGUCCUCCCCCUCUUGUUAACUUGGGAACCUUUGCACAUUUCAUAUUUCUCAUUUGCUGAAAUUGAGUGAGUAAUCUUGCAAAAUCUAGGUAACCUGGUAAUUGUUUUUUUUAAUACGGGCCCUGUAACAAGAUUUGGCACUUGGAUUUUUAUUCAUAAAAGGGACAUCUACAGGGUUGUUUUGUAGUGAACUGUUUUAGAUCUUUUGUUAGCAAACACUAAAUUUUAAUAAUACUGCUUGUUUAGAAUUAUUAGCAAAUGAAAGCCUAUUUAUGUUUUCAGUGCAUAAAGCCACCUUCUUGCUUUUCAGAAUAACAGGCCAAGCUUUUUUGUGCUCACUAAAUUCAACUAUCAGUGAAACACUGCAGAAAAUAUUAGCUACUCAAACAAGUAGGCUUCUGGAAUAGUUUUAACUGCAUGUGUGUUAACUUGUGUGGUUUUAAACCGUUUUUCCAGAUAGGUUAAGUUUUAAACACCACUUCACAUACUGAAGCAUGAACAGAAAAAUCCAGAGCUGAGCAGGUCACCUCCUUUAUGUAGGCAUAAGCCUCCGUCAUUUUAGCUUUCGUUUUAAGCAGAGACUAAAUAACCUGCAUAACAUGGUAAUUUUUAUAGACUGUUUAAUUGGAGUAAAUCUCAGAAUAAUAGAGGGAAACAUGGGCUCUUCAGCGCCUUUUAUUUCUUUUUUGAAUUCAAGUAGUAGCCUACAGAUGUAGUGUAAACAUUAUCUAAAAUGUAGGCUUCUUUCUCCUCAAAUCCCAGUGUGUUGAAGUCACAGAGUUUCAUGUGUGUAGCCGUGGGGACGGGAGUGUGUAUAAGUGUCUUGAAAAGGAGCAGAAGUGUGAAAGGUGAUAGUAACAAUGUGUAUGAUGAGGAUACACUUUACAAUGUAACCCUCAGUACGGUAAAUUACAAAUCUUUUUUUUUUUGUAAUGAGAAAAUUUAUAUUUGUAAUGGUCUAAGAAUUUUGUUUGUAACCUGAUAUUGCAGAAUUUUAACUUGGAGCGCUAAAAGCACAGGAACAGAGACUGUAGCAUUGAGUUUUCUUGGUUUAGGCGUCAGCAUUUUUCUCUAGAUUUUUCCUCUCAAGUACGACUUAAAUGAACUAUAGAAAGCUACACUUAUCAGUCUUGGGAAAUUUAAAAUUUGAUGAAAUUACAUAAGGAAGGGGAGUAAGAAUUUUAAAAAUACAAAUACUUGCCAAUUCAAAAAUAAUAAAAUUUAAGGCCUUCAAAAGUAAGAGUUUUUGUUUCUCUAGUCAGCUUUUGUCAACUAUAAUAGUUAUAUUCACAAACAUAUUUUAUUUGUAUAAUUGAAAGUUUAAGAAAUUAUUACAGCUAUUUACUAUAGAAAUAUUUAAAAUGUUCUUUUUGAUAUAAGCUAUAUACUUGGACAAAAUACAUUGGCAUUUAAAAUCUGAGGUGUGUUAGGACUGCUUUUUGUUUUAAAAAUGUGGUUUACAUUCAAAUUUUUGAAGUGUUUUAUGCUUCAGAUAGCUAAGUUGUAGUUUGGCGGAGUUAACAGCAUAAGAAUAAACAUGCUGUAAUUUUAAAAGAUGCUUUGAAUAAAAUUUUAUUUUAAUUUAUAGUUUAAAA